AUGGGUAAGUGGUGUAUCGUGGUGCUGGUUUUUGUUCUGGCCGUGGCCGCCGCCGGGAAUGUGCCAAACGAGGCGGCUGGUGUCAAGGACCAGAAGAACUCUCUCUCCUAUGGCGGCAUUGGUGGUUUUACUGGAAAUGGUUUCGGAGGUAUUGGUUCCGGAAUCGGCGGAUACCGCGGAUUUGGUAGCAUCGGUGGAAUUGGCCGUGUCGGAGAUGCAGGCGGCCUCCUUGGCGGUCGCGUUGGCGCCGCCGGCGUUCUUCCUCACCCUUGA